CGUGCUGCCUUAAAAGGUACCUUUUACAUUCCCCCCAGCACUCAGCAUUAGCUUUCAGUCUACACUCACCAGUCAUUUGAGAGAAUGGCUGCUGCUCUCAUCAAGCUCACAGCUGUUAUCUCCCUGACCAUUUCUCUCUUCUUAGCCCUGCAUAAUCCUCGAAUAUCUGCUUUCUCAACCAACGUCGAAGACGUUGAGGAAGAUUACAUACUUGACACCCCAGUUCAUCAUUCAAGAUCAAGAAGCCGUUUCUUGGCCAGAAUCAUAAGGAAAGGCAUGCACUGCAAUCUCAUUAAUAACAUCUGCAAUGGGGUACCGGCAAAUAAUGGAACCAGCCUACUGUACUGCUGCAAGAAGCAUUGCCGCAACAUUCUUAGGGAUGUGAACAAUUGCGGAUGCUGCGGGAAGAAAUGCAAGUUUGGAGAACGUUGCUGCCAUGGGACUUGCACUGAUGUUGCUUUCAAUGUUAAUCACUGUGGCAAGUGCAACAAGAAGUGUUUACCAGGCGUUAGGUGUGAGUGUGGAUCUUGUGGGUAUGCUUAAACUAAACUUAUUCAUUCUAGAGUUUCAGAAGGGAUUUGGGUAUACACUAUACAUAGAUUGUCAUAAACAACAAGUAUGAUAUGAUAGGUAAUAAAAAGAAGAAGCCUGCUGUAGGGAUACAAUAAUCUCUUCUUCUGACUCGUUCUAUAACUCUUGAAAUGUUGUACAUUUAUGUGUUUUAGCCUUUUCUGUUGUACUAGGUCAAAUAUCAUUCUAGUAAAACAAACAAGCCGAA